AUGUCAAAGACCUUCAGCAAGGACGACGUAGCGUCGCAUAGCAAGGGCAACAGCCUGUGGAUUGUGAUUGACGAGGACGUCUACGAUGUUACCAAGUUCCAAGAUGAGCAUCCUGGUGGAAAGAAGAUUCUCCAGCGAGUCGCCGGAAAGGAUGCCUCGAAGCAGUUCUGGAAGUACCACAACGAGGGAAUUCUGAAGAAGUACAAGGGCCAGCUGCAGAUCGGCUCAUUGAACACAAAGAAGGUCGAAGAGCCCACACCGGCUCCCGCCCCGGCGCCCACGAAGGCCGCCCCAGCAGCCCCAGCAGCCCCUGCUGACUACAAGCCCCCGGCGACUGCUGAGCCUCAAGAUCCCUAUGGUGAUUUGAUUCCGUUCGCCGAUCCCUCAUGGUACCAGGGUUAUUCCUCCCCUUACUUCAACGAUUCUCACGCCGCUCUCCGCGAGGAAAUCCGCGAAUGGGUCGACACCGAGAUCGAGCCGUACGUUACCGAGUGGGAUGAGGGCAAGAAGGUUCCGGACAGCAUCUACAAGCAAAUGGGUGAGCGCGGCUACUUGGCCGGUCUGCUGGGUGUCAAGUACCCUGAGAAGCACACUCCAUACCGAGUCAAGUCUGUAGCUCCCGAGCGCUGGGAUCUGUUCCACGAGAUGCUGUUGACCGACGAGUUGUCGCGCUCUGGUAGCGGUGGUCUGGUCUGGAACUUGAUCGGUGGCUACGGCAUUGGCUGCCCGCCCCUGGUCAAGUUUGGUAAGAAGGAGCUCGUCGACCGUAUCCUGCCCGGCAUUCUGGCUGGUGACAAGCGUAUUUGCUUGGCUAUCACCGAGCCCGAUGCGGGCAGUGAUGUCGCAAACCUUGGCUGCGAGGCUAAGCUCUCCGAGGAUGGCAAGCACUACAUUGUCAACGGUGAGAAGAAGUGGAUCACCAACGGUGUUUGGGCUGAUUACUUUACCACUGCUGUCCGCACUGGCAAGCCCGGCAUGGAAGGUCUCAGCGUUCUGCUGAUUGAGCGCGAGGCUGGCGGUGUCAGCACUCGUCGCAUGGACUGCCAGGGUGUCUGGAGCAGUGGUACCACCUACGUGACCUUUGAGGAUGUCAAGGUCCCCGUCGAGAACCUGAUUGGCAAGGAGAACCAGGGCUUCAAGGUCAUCAUGACCAACUUCAACCACGAGCGUAUCGGCAUUGUCAUCCAGUGUGUCCGCUUCGCCCGUGUCUGCUACGAGGAGUCCAUGAAGUACGCCCACAAGCGCCGCACCUUCGGCAAGAAGCUGAUCGACCACCCCGUCAUCCGCAUGAAGCUGGCCCACAUGGCCCGCCAGAUCGAGGCCACAUACAACUGGCUGGAGAACAUCAUCUUCCAGUGCCAGUGCAUGGAGGAGACCGAAGCCAUGCUCAAGCUUGGUGGUGCCAUUGCCGGACUCAAGGCCCAGUCUACCCAGACCUUCGAGUUCUGCGCCCGCGAGGCCAGUCAGAUCUUCGGUGGUCUCAGCUACAGCCGUGGCGGCCAGGGUGGUAAGAUCGAGCGUCUGUACCGUGAUGUCCGUGCCUACGCUAUCCCCGGUGGAAGCGAGGAGAUCAUGCUUGAUCUGAGCAUGCGUCAGAGUCUGCGUGUGCACCAGAUGUUUGGCAUGAAGCUUUAA